AUGAUUGUCUCCAACCUUCUCUUGCUUCUGCUGCCCGUGGUGAGGGCCGUUGGAGGUCCGGGUUUCUCCAUUUUCGAUACUCCCUCGGAAGCCCUUCUGCCCUCAAACGACCCAUUUUACAUGAGCGAGCCAGCUGAUCUCUCGGCCUAUUCUCUCGGGGACCUGAUCCGUAUACGAGUGGCUCCGGGUAACCUGAGCGCCAUGUUCAAUGCCUCGGCCGUCUACAACAUUGUUUAUCGUACCGAGGAUAGCCUGGGACACCCACUUUGGUCAUUUUCAACAGUCUUCAGUCCUCUCAAUCCCUAUUCAUCCACACCUACCAGCAACCAUUCGCGACAUGGAGCCUCCUCGAGGGGCAAUGGAACUGCAUUUAUGUCCUACCAGCUCCCCUACAACACACCGAGUGUUGACUGGUCUGUUAGCGUGUUGAUGUAUGACCCCACGCAGACAGCAACGCUUGGGGAUGUGACGGCGGCACUCCAACGUGGUUGGUUCGUAUCCGUGCCCGAUUUCGAGGGCCCUUAUGCGGCGUCUACAGCUGGAAGUCUCGAAGGAAAGGUGAUCCUCGAUGGUGUGCGCGCCGUCUACUCCCUUGCUGCCCUAGACGACAGCGAGCUGGCAGGGCUCGAGCCUUUGGGGCUCGACCCGGCACAUGCAAGCUUCUCCCUCUGGGGCUACUCUGGCGGCGCCAUCUCAUCUGGCUGGGCUGGAGAAAUGCAGCCAUACUAUGCUCCAGACUUGCAGCCUUACUUUGCGGGUCUUGUUAUCGGUGGCAUGCCUCCGGGGUUUAUGUCAACUGCCGACCUCCUCGAUGGAACCUCGUCGGCCGGAUUGCUUCCCAAUGCGCUUCUAGGGCUGACCCAGCAGUUUCCCGAAGCUCGGGAGUUUUUAGUAUCAUCGCUGAAGCAGGAGAAAGCUCAAGACUUCCUUGCCGCCCUGAAUAUGUCUGCUCUCCAAGGUUUUGUCGCUUUCUACAACCAGAGCAUCUUUGAUUACUUUAUCAAUGGGCGGGACGACUUAAACCAUCCGAUCCUCACCUCUUUGUACGACGGUCACUAUGACCUCCGUCUCAAAGGCGUCCCGAGCGUUCCCGUCUUUGCCUACAAGGCUAUUGGUGAUCAGUUCAGCUCAAUUCAGCUCUCAGAUCAGCUGAUUACAGAAUACUGCGACGGCGGAGCGGUUGUUCUCUACGAGCGCAACACAGUCGGAGAGCACAUCUCUGAGCUUCAGAACGGUCACUCCAGAUCGCUGGAUUGGAUAGACAGCUUGUUCAAUGGGACCCAUGCUGAGACUUAUGGUACUUCUGCGUGUGUCAUCAAAAACGUUACCGUCGUAGACCCUACUGGGCCUCCUUUGGGGCAGCUGUAA